GCCAAGCGCUGUCUCCUGAAAUAUUGCUGCGAAGUGUAGCCCAGGAAAUACUGGAACAUCCUGACAUGUGCGACGCCUCUUCGAAGGAAGCAGCCGCUGUCGCUAUCGUUUGCAUGUUCAUCAAUGCCUUCAACGUGGCCUACGUGCUGAUGCCCGAGAUAGAAGAGCAGCUCAGAAGGCAGUCCUGGUUCGCCUAUGUUCCGGAUGUACACGACUUGAGCAGCCUUGUGGGCUCUCAAAGGUCGAACUACACCAUGCUGGGCCUGGCCGUAAUAAGCAUCAUCUUUGACGCGUUCAUAUUUUUUGGCUCAAUGCGAGGGCUACUCCGAAAAGAAGACACCUUGUACGACGAAUCAGCGCGGCCAUUAUCUAAAACUCAGACAGCAGAAGACGAGGAAGAAACGAGGGAGGAAUUCUUGGUCAGGGCUUUCCUGGAGCCACCCGAGCUCCCUGACAUGUGCCUUGUCUCCUCGAGGGAGGCCAUCGCCAUCGUUGUCGCAUGCCUGUUCAUCAACGCCUUCAACGUGACCUACGUGCUGAGGCCCGAGAUAAGGCGACAACUCAGCAAGCAGGCCUGGUUCGCCUAUGUUCCCGAUGUACACGACGUGAGCAAGUUUGUGGGUGCUGACACGUCGAACUACAUCGUGCUAGGCCUGGCCGGAAUAAGCAUCAUCUUUGACGCGUUCAUUCUUGUCGGAACCGUCCAAGUCAUUCCCGAACUACUGGAUUCCGGAUGCGUAUGGCAUUACGUCGACCUAGGGGCUGAUUUCAUCGUGGGCUUGGCGUCGGCCAAUUACACGAGACCCCAGGUCAUCCAGCACAAAACCGAGGUCAAGCAGAAGUCCCUGCACAGAUCGGGCUGCGCGGGUGCGACUCCGUGUGAUCCCACCAUGGCGCCGACUACCGCUGCUCCCAACGCGACGGACGAUGCGCCGGACGACGGUGCGGGACCGCGCGGCGCUAACGACAGCAGCAGCCGUCGCCGGACGCUCGCAGCGCCGACGGCGCAGGGCGACGGCCAGGGACCACUCGGAAACGAGCGCUCCGUUCAUCUCGACUCAGCCAUGCGCCCGUUGCAAGCUCGAGGGACAGAAAAUGCGUAUCAAACAAGGGAGGAAACCACCACCAGCGUUCUCCUGGAACCGCCCACGGUGCGGCAGUUUCUUCACUUCUCGUACGUCAUAAUGAGAGCCGCUGUUAAGUUUCAGAAGCUGGGAAUGCUUGGCAGCAUGAGCCGCAUGAUGAAACCCUAGCAGCCCGCAGCAGAUGUGAAGCGGGGUUAAGACGUUUUGCUCAAGCUGCCCGGUCUUUUUACUUAUGUGACCGCAGCGCGUGUUUACAUGUAUGCUAUUAAAACCUAUCCCUUAGC